CCCGUCUCCCCCUGCCGCUCCCUCUGCGAGGUGGUGCGUGACUCCUGCGCCCCGGUCAUGGAGUCCUACGGCUUCCCCUGGCCCGAGAUGCUGCACUGCAGCAAGUUCCCCUCCGACCACGAACUCUGCAUCGCCGUCCAGUUUGGGAACAGCAAGGCCACCCCGCCACCAGUGUCCAAGAUCUGCACCCAGUGCGAGAUGGAGCACAAGGCAGAUGGCAUGAUGGAGCAGAUGUGCUCCAGUGACUUUGUGGUGAAGAUGCGCAUCAAGGAGAUGACAGAGGAGAAUGGGGAGCGUCGACUGGUGGCCGCCCAGAAGAAGAAGGUGCUGAAGCUGGGCCCACUGAAGCGCAAGGACACCAAGAAGAUGGUGCUGCACAUGAGGAACGCGAGUGCCUGCCCUUGCCCCCAGCUUGACAGCCUCAGUGGCAGCUUCCUGGUGAUGGGACGCAAGGUGGGUGGCCGCCUGCUCCUCCUCGCUGUCUACCCCUGGCAGAAGCACAACAAGGAGAUGAAGUUUGCCGUCAAGUUCAUGUUCUCCUACCCCUGUCCCCUCUACCACCCCCUGCUCUAUGGGGCUGGGCAGCACUAG